AUGGGCUGCUCUGCGACCGCAAUGCUCAGAACAUUGAGCAAUGCUAAAUUAAAACUAUUCAUCGUUUUUGUGACCGUCACAGCAAUCCUCUUCCUACUCACAUUACAUUCCCCCAGCUCAAGCUUGUCCAAAACUAUUCUACCAAGCGCUAAAGAGCAAGUGGUAGACGAGCCAGACUACUGGACCUGGGAAACGAGAACCCAGUUCCGAAAAGCAGCUCUUGACAAUAAUAGCACUACAAGCAACGAGACAACAUGCGACACAUUCCCCUCAGAUGUCCUAUCGCGCAUUCAAAUUGUCUUAAAAACCAGCGCAACCGAAAAACCCGAACGAGUCGACUCGCACAUGGCAUCCGUGACUCGCUGCAUUUCCAAUCUACUCAUAGUCUCUGAUAAAGAGACCGAGCUGCAUGGUCACCAAGUGUAUAACAUCCUCGCCGACCUACCACCAUCCGCGCGGGCUAAGAUCCCGGAAUUCGAAGCCUAUGAUAAAUUCCAACAUAACGACACCGAAAUCAACGGCGCAGCAGGCUGGAAACUCGAUCGGUUCAAAUUCCUUCCCAUGGUUGAACGAGCCAAGAAGAUGAAUCCCAGCGCUGAGUGGUACGUAUUCUUGGAGACGGACACAUACUUUGUCUGGGACAAUCUGUUCCGCAUGCUGGAGCAGUUUGAUCCAUCGUCUCCUCUGUAUUUUGGUUCACCGGCACCGGGACGAGGCAUUGGCGAAGGGAAGGUGAACUGGUUCGCCUAUGGUGGAGCUGGAUUCGUUUUAUCCAGAGCGGCGGUUGAUACGUUGGUUGCACGCAAGACGGGCAGACUCGGGCAGUAUAUUGGACCGACGCUUAGCGAGCAGUAUAUGCAGAUUGUCACCGAUGACUGCUGCGGUGACUCGGUGCUUGGGUUUGCGCUGUAUGAAAAGGGUAUCACGUUGUCUGGGAUGUGGCCUAUGUUCAAUGCACACCCGUUGGAUUCGAUUCCGUUUGGAAAUGAGGAUCAUUGGUGUCAGCCUGCGAUCAGCAUGCACAAGUCUCAGUUGAGGGAUAUGGUUGGACUGGCGAAGUGGGAAAACGGCCGGGAUAGAACGAAACCCCUGCUUUAUGCAGACCUGGUCGACUACCAUCAUCUGGGGAACUUGCCCGAACGCAAAGGGUGGGAUAAUGGAGGCUGGGGCGGUGUCAUUGAGCAACCGGACACACUGCCACAGCAUCAGUCGUUAGAGGCUUGCCGUCAAGCCUGUCAUAAUAAGGACUGGUGCAUGACAUACACUUAUGAUGCUGCUGGUGCCUGUGUGUUUGUGAGCACCCUCCGACUUGGGGCUCCCAGCAAGCCGGAACUUGCAGAUCAGUUCACAGCUGGAUGGGACAAUGUCAAGAUCCAAAAGUGGCGGGCGAAUAACACUUGUGAAACGCCUAUGUGGGUGAAGCCGAGUUUGAAACGAAUUUUCUAA